CGCCAGUUCUUUCGUUCUUCUUUCCGUCUCCUCUGCGUCACUCGAAUUCCUUUCCAUCAAGGGUUGAUUGCAUCCAGAGUCCCCCCCGUUUUUCAUCCCUCUGGAUUGGGAAUUUAGGAUUCUUGGGCCGGGACGUAGGGCUCCUUCUUGUAGUUAUUGGAGUUUGGUGGAAAUGUUGGGGAGUCGCGUGCAGUUGGGACGCGGGCAUGGGGAGGAUCGCGUUUGCUACGCCGAUAAGGCCCGGUGGAGCCGCCACAGCCACCAACGGCACUACCAGCAGAGUCCAUGGAGGUCUUCAAGCACCUCCGCCGCCGGAACUUACCCCGCCCCUUCCUUUGCUUCUGGGAGCUCCGCAGAGGCUGUUGUGUCGGUCUCCGGCACCCGUGAGCAAGAGAACCGAGCAGGAACAGAGAAAGAUACUCCGAAGACCGGGAUCGCGUCCGUUUCAUCUUGGGGUCCUUCUGUUGCUCAUUCUUGUAACUUGAAACGAUUCUUGGAGUCCAUAACUCCGUCCGUCCCGGCGUUGUACCCUUCCAAGAUGGAGAAGAGGGGAUGGAGGGCUUCUGACCAGGAGUGCCGGCCGUACUUUGCGCUGGCGGAUCUCUGGGUCUCGUUCACGGAGUGGAGCGCGUAUGGUGCUGGCGUUCCGCUGGUUCUGAGCGGAGCGGGCAGCGUGAUCCAGUACUACGUGCCUUACUUGUCUGGAAUCCAGUUAUAUGGUGAAUCGAACAGGCCCUUUUCUGAUUCUAGGUAUUAGUGUUUGCCGGAUGCUUUCUUUCUAAUAUAUCUCGGUCCACAGAAUUUGACAUGAACGACUAAUUUGUUUCUUUGUAUAUUUUCUUACUACAGCUU